GCAGCCUAGUCUCUCGAACCCCAGAGCUCGCCCUCGUUCAGCGCUGCGCCUCACAUUCCUCGCAGCAGAAUGUGCUCUCACACAUUGAUGCCACGGAUCCAUCUAAGGGUUUUGCUUUCGUUUUAAGUUCACCUGGUCUGAUGUGUUCCUCUAUAGUGUCAUUUGGGAGAGGAUGUUGCUUCUCAUUUACGCAAUUUUGCUUGGAAUUUUCCUCAAAACAGGCUAUGCUCUCCAGAUCCAAUGUUACCAGUGUGAGGAGGUGAAAAACAAUGAAUGCUCCACGCCGGAGUUCAUUGUCAACUGCACGGUCAACGUGCAGGACAUGUGUCAGAAGGAGGUACUGGUGAAGAAGGAUGGCAUAUUUUACCGCAAGUCCUGCGCCUCGUCCGGGGCAUGCCUCAUAUCCUCGUCAGGCUACCAGCAGUUCUGCACUGGAAGGAUCAACUCUGUGUGCAUCUCCUGUUGUAACACACCGCUCUGCAAUGGGCCCCGGAAGAAGAACCGCCCGGUCCCGUCGGCCGCCAACUCUUCAUUUUCCUCCCUUCUUUUUCUUCUGGUCUCCCUCACGCUGGUCUCCCUCUCUCUGACAUAGACCGAGAGGCCUCCAUUUGUCCCCUGCUCUAUCCAAAGACAACACUAGAGUAUUAUGAGAAUACAUAUAGGCUACAGUACAUAACCGUACGUAGUGUAUUGGCCACAUCAGACUCUAGUGUUGUCUUUGGAGAGGAAUCCUAUACAUAAGAGACUAUCCCAGGAGGUUGGUGGCAACUUAAUUGGGGAGAACGAGCUCGUGGUAAUGGCUGGAUCAGAAUGAGUGGAAUGGUAUCAAAGACAUCAAGCACAUGGUUUCCAGGUGGUUGAUGGCAUUCCAUUUGCUCCUUUCCGGCCGUUCUUAUGAGCCGUCCUCCCCUCAGCAGCCUCCUGUGGACUCUACAGCAUCAUCUUUGGAUCGGAUACUCAAGAGCUUAAGACUCUUUGGAAGGAUCCCCUUUUAUAAUCCUGGUGUUUUGAGUUUUUGAGAACUGAAUGCUUGCCAUUGCCUCCUUCUUCUUCGUCCCUCCCUUGCCCUCCAAUCCCCCCUUGCUUACUCUGUAGGUUCCCUAUUGGGGGCAAUGGGCACUGACCUCAUCAACGUCGGUGGUCUCCUGUUUAUAGGAAGAUCGAACGCUUCAGAUCAAUACUCCUGAUGAUUAGGAGUCAGACGUGAUCAUAGUCAGUGAGUAUUCAGCAGCCGUUUAGCUGUGAGAAUUGUGUUAACUCAUCAUGGAUCUGAGUGUAGAGAUGGUACUGUCAGUUGAGGACAUUGAGCAGUGAGUUGUAGGGAUUUUGGAGAUAUAUUUAGAUGUCUGCAUCAUUUACUACUCAUACAAGUUCUUGUUACAGUAAGUACUAACUGCAGGAUCUCAUGUCUUAUAUCAUUUGUAAGUACAGAUGUGUGAUCUUAAUUUGACCAGUUUCUCACAGCAGGAACAUAUUCCUACAGCAACAAAUCCUACAGAAAUGUGAAUUAUUGUGUGGGUUAUAAUUAAUGGACAUUUUCGUAGGGUUUGAUACAUUUUUUGUUUGGGCAAACCAACAUUUUAAAGUGGAAAAUACAACUUUAGAAGCCUUUAAAAACCUUGAAUACACUACAAGUUUGCUUUUCCUGCUGUGCAGAAAAUUCCCUGCAAAAACAGGGUGAUCAAAUUAAGAUCCUACAUCUGUAUAUACCCAAUUACUUUCUUGGACUUCAAAUAUUUUGCUGGAAGACACAAGGGAUUUGUUCUUAAACGUUAUAUAAAUUGACAUACACUACUGUUCAAAAGUUUGGUUCACUUAGAAAUGCCCUUGUUUUUUAAAGAAAAGCACAUUUUUUGUCCAUUAAAAUAACAUCAAAUUGAUCCGAAAUACAGUGUAGACAUUGUUAAUGUUGUAAAUGACUAUUGUAGCUGGAAAUAACAGACUUUUUACGGAAUAUCUACAUAGGCGUGCAGAGGCCCAUUAUCAGCAACCAUCACUCCUGUGUUCCAAUGGCACAUUGUGUUAGCUAAUCCGAGUUUAUCAUUUUAAAAGGCUAAUUGGUCAUUAGAAAACCCUUUUGCAAUUAUGUUAGCACAGCUGGAAGCUGUUGUGCUGAUUAAAGAAGCAAUUAAACUGGCCUUCUUUAGACUAGUUGAGUAUCUGGAGCAUCAGCAUUUGUGGGUUCGAUUACAGGCUUAAAAUGGCCAGAAACAAAGAAAUUCCUUCUUAAACUCGUCAGUCUAUUUUUGUUCUGAGAAAUUAAGGCUAUUCCAUGCGAGAAAUUGCCAAGAAACUGAAGAUCUCGUACAACGCUGUGUACUACUCACUUCACAGAACAAACUGGCCCUAACCAGAAUAGAAAGAGGAGUGGGAGGCCCCGGUGUAAAACUGAGCAAGAGGACAAGCACAUUAGAGUGUCUAGUUUGAAAACACAAGUCCUCAACUGGCAGCUUUAUUAAAUAGUACCCGCAAAACACCAGUCUCAACGUCAACAGUGAAGAGGCGACUCCGGGAUGCUGGCCUUCUAGGGAGAGUUGCAAAGAAAAAGCCAUCUCUCAGAAUGGCCAGUAAAAAGAAAAGAUUAAGAUGGGCAAAAGAACACAGACACUGGACAGAGGAACUCUGCCUAGAAGGCCAGCCUCCCAGAGUAGCCUUAAUUUCUCAGAACAAGAAUAGACUGAUGAGUUUCAGAAGAAAGUUAUUUGUUUCUGGCCAUUUUAAGCCUGUAAUCAAACCCACAAAUGCUGAUGCUCCAGACACUCAACUAGUCUAAAGAAGGCCAGUUUAAUUGCUUCUUUAAUCAGCACAGCAGUUUUUAUAAUGAUCAAUUAGCCUUUUAAAAUGAUAAACUUUGAUUAGCUAACAUAAUGUGCCAUUGGAACACAGGAGUGAAGGUUGCUGAUAAUGGGCCACUGUACGCCUAUGUAUCUACUGUUUCCAGCGACAAUAGUCAUUUACAACAUUAACAAUGUCUACACUGUAUUUCUGGUCAAUUUUAUGUAUAUUAAUGGUUAAAAAAAUGUGAUUUUCUUUAAAAAAAACAAGGACAUAUUUAUGUGAUCCCAAACUUUUGAACGGUAGCGUAUUCAAUAACCUGUUAUUAGCUGUAGUCAUUUACAGGAUGAUAAUAAUAAUCUGUAUCAACAUCCAGUUUCAACUUUAAAAUCUUUUUGGGGGGUGUGGUUCUUCAAGUAUAUUUGAAGUCAUUCAACAGUCCUUAUAGUAUAUCUCCGCUUUUUAGUUGUAGAGCUUAUGCAGUUCCGUUAUUCAUAACUGAUUCACAAGUUCACAUUAAGGACAUUUCAAUGCAGAUAUGCAUAUUAUACCAGUUUCUGUACAGACAUGAGAUAUGUGGCUGUCAUUGCCGGGAAGGUCAGAUAUAAGUAUUGGUUAUUGUAGCUACCUGCUAAAACUGCUUAGAGGAGCUUUUUAGUGUAGUUGCUCAUCUGGAACUAUUGAUGAUGUUAGUAUAAUGCUCAUUCAGCAGCAUACGUCCUUUGCAACACAUUGACUCACGGAACGCUCACCACGCUCGGUGUGUUGUGGAAUGGAUCACAUAGCUAUAAGUGGAGAGGCAUAGUUGAUGGAUGCAUUUACUCAACAAUGCAUCAUGUACAAAUAUUGCUCAUACUUUUAUGUCUUACUGAAAUCAUAUUCUCUCUCUUUCUAUUGAUGUUUCCUAUCUGAUGGAUUGUCACUUGAAAGUACCAGAGAGAGCACAAACACAACUACAAUAUUUUGGAUUGUGUAAAAUGAUCCACAUGAACCAUUGGAGUGAGUGACUGGUCGAAAUGUUUCUAUUGACCCCUGAAACUGACGUCACUCACGUAUAUCAGAGUGUAUAUGACAACUGAAUGUUGAAGUGACAAUGUGGAGUUAAUUUGACAAAAGAGUACAGACAACAGUGCAGUAGGAAAUAUAUGACGGGGUGUUUAUUUAUGUUGGCUAGUGUUUCUUUCUUGGUUCUUGUACCAUGGGCUUUUGCCAGUCAUAGUCAGUAUUAGCUUAGCAGUAGCUUUACAGUCAUCUACUUUGUCUUUCUUUUCAGCUGAUUCUAUUGUCAAUUGAUGAGUUAUUUAUUCUGCUGAAAAGGCAGCACAGAGACUGAAGGGAAGACCAUUCUUUUUGAAAUACAGCAUAUAUGAAAUGUAAAUAGAUUUCAGAAACAUAUCUAAUAACUUACUCUCAUUACUCCAAUACAAUUGUAUUUGAUUUGAUUUGAUUUAUUCAUUGGCCAUUAUAAUUAUUGAAAGGCUUUGUAAAGAGAUUAAUGUAAGAAGUAUGUCAUAAUGCAUCCUUCAAAUUAAAAGAUAGUGGUUAAAUUAAACGAUAAUGAUACAGCUUUUUUUCCUUAUUUGAUGUUUAUCUUGAAUGUGUAAGGCAUUGAACUAACAGGUAGACAUGUUUAACAGAAUUUUUUUGAUGGUCUCCCUUAAUUGGUCUUCUGUGAAGAGUGAUUGUAUAUUCUGCCCAUGUGAAAUGCAAAUAAAGAGUUGUGAC